AUGUCAUCAUCCGCCGAUGAAGAGCACUCUAGAGGAAUAGGAACAAACGCGUCACCGUUAACCAGGGAGGAAGGACGACUGUCAUCUGCGUUGAACGAGAGGAGAACACUGCCGUCUCAAAGAAACGAUGAUGUCAUGGUGCCUGCAACACCCGAACAAGCCAACGGAGGCGAAGGACUGCCCAAUUCUUCUGUUCGGCUAUCACCCUCUAGUGCCAUAGAGAGAGAUGACAACCAUUCUCUUGAGGACGUGGAUUCGUCGUUUCGUGGUCGUCAUCAACAUGAUGAAGACGACAUUCAAAGUCUUCAUGAUUCGCAAACCCUCGCCCGCGGGACAAAUGUCGACAUUCGCAUAGCUGCUGCAACUUUUCGGGAUUUUCUCAGAAACUUCAGGGCACUCCCGCUAUUCAGCGAUUCGUCAGAUGAUGACUCGGUGAUGAGUGAUAAACCGACUUCUCCACCCUUUUAUUUGGAAAGGCUGGAGUCAAUGGCAGGCCAUACCGCACCUUCCAGUUUGGAUAUUGAUACCAUGCACCUGUACUAUCACAAUGAAGCAUGCCAGAUACUCUAUCAUCAACUGGUGCAUUACCCAAUGGAGCUUGUACCACUCUUUGAUUUGGUGGUGCAAAAAGAACUACAGCGUGUUGUUGAUCUGGAACAGCACCAGAUACCAGCUAUUCAAGUGCGGCCGUAUAAUCUCAAAGAGGUUUCUAAUUUGCGCUGCCUUGAUCCCGUUGCAAUGGAUUCAAUGGUUUGCCUGAAGGGGAUGAUCGUUCGAUGUUCUCCUAUCAUUCCAGAUUUGAAGGUUGCUCACUUUCGAUGCGUCAUCUGCGGGCAUGAUCAGCAGGUUGCGAUUGAUCGAGGAAGGAUCAACGAGCCUGCUCAAUGCAGUGGCUGUCAUACGAAAGAUUCCUAUCAGCUCUUACAUAACCGAUCUAUAUAUGCCGACAAACAAUUGGUUCGAUUGCAAGAGACGCCGGAUCAGGUACCCGCGGGUCAGACACCGGCUUCCGCAGUCACUUUUUGCUUCGAUGAUCUUGUGGACAAAUGUCAACCAGGUGAUAAAGUGGAGGUGGUGGGAAUUCUUCGGGCUCAACCAGUUCGUGUCAAUCCCAAGUUGACGAAGCUGAAAUCAAUCUACAAGACAUACGUUGACGUGAUUCACUUUCGAACCGUAACUGGAAUGGAACGCGAAAAGGGGAAGUAUGCUUCGACAAACCUAAGCAAAGAAAGAGUUGCAUAUUUGCGAAGCAUUGCCAAUAGACCGGAUAUCUAUGCUCAACUUACACAGUCGCUGGCACCUUCAAUUUGGGAGUUGGACAAUGUCAAAAAGGGUGUGUUGUGCAUGCUGUUUGGUGGCAAUAGUCGUCGUGUUGGAAGAAAUUCUGAGGCUGCAGAGGAUUCAGAAAUGGAAAGUGAAGGAAACACUGAGGAAAAUGUCGACGGCCACGACGAAGAAGUAAAGCUUUGUAAAAGAGGUGACAUCAAUAUACUACUCUGUGGUGAUCCUGGAACAUCAAAGUCGCAGCUAUUGAGCUAUGUACACAAGCUAAGCUCUCGUGGCGUUUACACGUCUGGGAAAGGCAGUAGUGCAGUGGGUCUCACCGCAUCGGUGGUCAGAGACCCUGAAACUCGCGAUCUUGUACUCGAAAGUGGUGCGUUAGUUCUGUCGGACAGGGGUAUAUGUUGUAUUGAUGAAUUCGACAAGAUGUCUGAUGCCACUCGAUCAAUUCUCCAUGAGGCGAUGGAGCAGCAGACAGUUAGCAUAGCAAAAGCUGGAAUUAUUGCCUCUCUUAACGCUCGAACAUCAAUACUGGCAUCUGCAAAUCCUCUUGAAUCAAGGUAUAACCCCAAUCUCAGUGUAGUUGAAAAUAUCAGGCUCCCCCCUACACUGCUGAGCCGCUUCGAUUUGAUUUAUCUGAUUUUGGACUCUCCAAACGUCGAUCAAGAUCGUCAACUUGCACAGCAUCUUGUGGGAUUGUAUCAUGCAGUCCCAAGCGUUAGAAAACCUCCUUUGGAAACGGACCUUUUGAAGGACUACAUUGACUACGCCCGCGAGCAUGUUCACCCUGCCCUUAGUGACGAGGCUGUGGAUCAAUUGUUAGCAAGUUACCUUGAGUUGCGAAAUCCUCCCGGGGGAAAUAUAGGAAAUAAUGGUACCCGAACAAUCUCAGCAACACCCAGGCAGCUGGAGUCUCUUAUUCGCACGAGUGAGGCGCUGGCAAAAAUGAGAUACUCACCUAUAGUCACUAGAGAGGAUGCAAAAGAGGCCGUCCGACUAUUGAAAGUAGCGACACAAGCUGCCGCAACAGACCCAAGAACUGGUCGGAUUGAUAUGGACAUGAUCAAUACAGGUCGAAGUGUCUUGGAUAGGGAGUUGGAAGAAGGCAUUUACAUUGGGCUUAAGGAGUAUCUAACCGAGCGACGAGGUACUAGACUAGCAUUGCGGGACAUUGUGAAUCAUCUUUCUGAGGUAUCGAACCAGCCAGUAUCUCAUGAUGACAUUUCAGGCGCACUCCAUCAAAUGGAGGCAGACGGUUUCCUUCAAUUCAACGAACGGACGCAAUCUGUAUUUGUGCGCACUAGACUCGGCACUUAG